AUGCCAUCCAAUUUGAGACGGCUAUUUGCAACUAUAUUGGUUUAUUGUAAUCCAGCCAAUCCGAGAGAGCUGUGGGAACGUUUUGAGCAAGAAAUGUCAGUUGAUUUUAAGUCAACUAAAGAUUCUAUGUUCAAUGUAAGAAUGCAAGUUUUGCGCUCAAUUUCUUUUACACUUGAAUCAAUGGGGAAAGGCAUUAAUUCAUUUCAUCUUCUUGAUGACAAUAUUUGUUUCGAUGAAGACCAAUUCGAAUCUAGGGAAAUUGAUGAUGAAUUGUCUGUUGAAAUUCCAGAAGAAGAUAUUGUUGCAUCAAAAGCCCUUAAUAGUGAACAACGACAUGUCUAUAAUUCAGUUUUGGGAAAUGUUUUUUCAAACAGAGCUACUACAUUCGUUGUUGAUGGCCCUGGUGGGACAGGGAAGACAUUCCUAUACAAGGCACUUCUCGCCGCAGUAAGAUCAAGAAAAUUAGUGGCACUUGCAACUGCUUCAUCUGGUGUUGCUGCAUCUAUCCUUCCUGGAGGUCGAACAGCACACUCGCGCUUUAAGAUUCCAUUGGAUACUGAUGAACAUAGCAUAUGUUGUGUCAGUAAACAAAGUGUCCUUGCAAAGCUACUACGUGUAGCAAAGUUAAUUAUAUGGGAUGAGGCCCCUAUGUCAAGAAAACAACACAUCGAAGUAUUAGAUAAAAUGCUACGAUAUAUUAAUGAUUCAGAGUUAACAUUCGGUGGAAAAGUUAUUGUUUUCGGUGGAGAUUUUCGUUAG